CCAUAGUUCUUUUUUAAGGCGCAAACUUGACAUAUUGUCUAUAUGGUCAAUGAACAAUGUUUAAUAUUAUUUUUGUCCAAUUAUAGAGGAUAGUUACUGAUUAAGAUCCGAUGUGUCAUAUUUCAACCUGAAAAUUGUAUUUUGUAUUGAAUUACAAAUUUGACCCCUCAAAAUCCAACUCCGCCAUUUACCUUUCUCCAUUCAUGAGCUCACGAAACCUAGUUGCUUGAUCGCCACGCGUUAUGUUACGCGCUCAAAAGGUGAAAAUUCUCAAGUCCUGUACGGACAAUCAUGGGAUAAUAGUCAACCAAUAUUUUAUCCUAAAAACGCCGUCGUUCCACUGUCUUGUUUUUUUGCCUAUUUAUACCUGAACACCCUCCUCAUCUCAUUUACGAAACGACUACCCUCCUAAUCUCUAAUUCUCUCUCCUGGCCCCUCAUUCCUACUUAUAAUUCUCGAGAAACAAACACAAAAUAUUUCAGGUUGUCUAAUGCCGAGAAAAGGAAUGAGGAGCAUUUGCUUUAACCCCAAAACGCCGUCUCUUUCAAUAUCUCGCUACGGCACUGCUACGUCGUCCUCUCCGUCGUCGCAAAGGACUACUCCAGCAUCGACGCCGACUCGGCGGCAGAGCUUAUUCCCCGAUUCCAUGAUGGACCAGAUGAUUGAAUCAGCUGCUGUGCUGAUCAUGAAAUGGGAUCCAGAGUCCUCUAGCUACGCUAAAGUGACUUCUCUCUUUUACGAGAGCAAAGUCGAAGCUCAACAGUUCAUCCACUGCGUUAACGAUCUACAGAAAGCCAUGCAUUUCCUGGUAACGGAAGAUUCCUCAUCGGAGAAACUCAUUCUCUGUCAGAGUCUUAUGCAGGUUGCCAUGAAGAGACUCCAAAAAGAGUUUUACCAGAUUCUCUCUAUGAAUCGUGCUUACUUAGAUCCUGAGUCAGUUUCCACCACUCGCUCCUCACGCGCUUCCACCAGAUCAAGCACCUCCGAUUACGACGACGACGGUGGAGCCACUACUGAUGAUGAAAUUCGUGUCGCUAGCGAUUCAAUUUCUGAAGUAGAACAGGUCUCUUCUGUUGCCAUGGACGAGCUGAAAUCAAUCGCUGAAUGCAUGAUCUCUGCUGGUUAUGCUAAGGAGUGUAUAAGCAUAUACAAAGUAAUCAGAAAAUCAAUCAUCGAUGAAGGCAUAUAUCGAAUGGGAGUAGAGAAAUUAAGCUCGUCUCAGAUCAAUAAGACGGAUUGGGACGUAAUUGAAAUGAGGAUCAAGAAUUGGUUAGACGCAGUUAAAAUCUCGAUGAGAACACUCUUCAAUGGAGAGAGGAUCCUCUGCGAUCACGUUUUCUCGGCCUCAGAUUCUAUCAGAGAGUCAUGCUUUUUGGACAUUUCCAAAGAAGGAGCACUUCUUCUGUUUGGAUUCCCAGAACUCGUGGCUAAGAGCAAGAAGACACCCGAGAAAAUGUUCCGCAUACUCGACAUGUACAACUCGAUCUUCGAGAACUGGCCGGAAAUCGAGGCUAUAUUCUCGUACGAAUCAACUGCCGUAGUCCGUACACAAGCUUUCAACUCGCUCGUCAAGCUAGCCGAGUUCGUUCAAGCAGUUCUCUCAGACUUCGAAUCUACAAUCCAAAAGGACUCAUCGAAGUCGGUUCCAGCGCAAGGCGGCGGUGUCCACCGCUUGACCAUCUACGUAAUGAAUUACCUCUCACUCCUUGCCGACUACAGCAACAUCCUGAUUGAUAUCUUCCGAGAUUGGACAAGGCCGACGAAUUUCUCCAUUCCGGAAUCAUUCUUCGACAGCUCGGAUUCCGAAGAUUCACCAGCGCCGGCGAUGUCACUCCGAGUAGCCUGGCUUAUACUCGUCCUCCUCUGCAAACUCGAUGGAAAAGCCAAGCAAUACAACGAUGUUUCGCUCAGGUACUUAUUUUUGGCCAAUAAUCUUCAACACGUCAUCGUCAAAGUUCGCACAUCGAAUUUACAGUACCUCUUGGGAGAGGAAUGGGCCUCAAAGCAGGAAACCAUUGUCAAACAAUUCGCAGAGACCUACGAAGAGCUAGGAUGGGGCCACGUCAUCACGGCACUAAAGGAAACUAAUAAUAAUCAGACGGCGGUGAUGACGCCGGGGGAAGCGAAAACGGUGUUCCGGAACUUCAACUCGAGCUUCGAAGAAGCUUAUAGGAAGCAAAGAGCGAGUGUGGUACCGAACCAGAAACUCCGAGACGAGAUUAAGGUUUCGCUGGCGAGAAAGGUCGUGUCUAGUUACAAAGAGUUCUACGAAACGCACCGUUCUAGGGUUGGGAAUGAGGAGAAUGAGAUUAGGUGUUAUGUCAAAUAUACCCCCGAAGACGUAGCGAAUUACUUGUCUGACCUGUUCUUUGGAGUGUCGGAAUCGGAGAGCUCCUCCGCUUCUUCUUCUCCCUCUUCCUCGCCACGUUGGCGGCAUUGGCGAAUUCUGUGAGAGUUGAAAGAGAACGGCACGUUUCAUUUUGAGAAAAAAUGGCGGUUUUCUUUUAAAUACAAUCGCCACAAACCUUUUUUGCCCAAAUAUGUAAUGUAUAUUUUUCUAAAUUUUCAUGUAAAAAACACAAAAAAAAUAUCCAUAUGUCCCACAGUUCGAAUAAAACGGCAGUUAUUUAUGUAACAA